UGGAAAGGCCGGCCUUGGGGGAGUCAGGGCGGGUCUCUGGCCCUUUGGGCACCACCUCCUCUCCCGCCCGCCCCGGUAGCAGCAGCAGCAGCAGCAGCAGCAGGGGGAGGCGGCCGCGGGUCCCUCGCCCGGCCGUCCCUCCGUCUUCCCUCCUCGCCCUCGUAUGAGUCAGGUAUUUCCCGGCCGGCCGGUGGCGGCGGCGGCGACUCUCUGCAGCCGAGGCCGGAGCGGCUCCGGUCCCUCCCCGCAGGCUUCAUGGAGAAGGCGACGGCGCAGGGCGGCCCCGAAGGAGCGGCGGCCGCGAGUGGAGGCAGCAACAGCAGCAGCCGGAGCAGCAGCCGCCCCGCGUCGGCGGCUUCCUCGCCCUCCUCCUCCGCCGGCCGGGGGCUCGCGGGCCGCCAGGCAGCUGCGGCUGGCAGGCCCGACGGAGGCGGCGGGAGCAGCAGCAGCCCCAGUUCGGCCGCGGCCAGCCCGGGAGGGGGGCUGACGCCCGGCAGGAGGACGGAGCCGGUGCUCGAGGGGACCCUGAGCAAGUACACCAACCUCCUCCAGGGCUGGCAGAGCAGGUACUUCAUGCUAGAUUUUGACACUGGAAUUCUACAGUAUUUUGUGAACGAACAAAGUAAAAACCAGAAGCCGCGAGGGGUGCUGUCUUUAGCCGGGGCUGUGGUUUCCCUCAGUGAUGAAGCACCAAACAUGUUGGUUGUAUACUCUGCUAAUGGAGAAAUGUAUAAGCUAAAAGCUGGUGAUGCAAGAGAGAGACAGUAUUGGGUGACUCAGCUUCGAUCCUGUGCCAAGUAUCACACCGAAGGCAAUUCAAAGAGCUCUUCAUCUUCACGAAUGAAAGGCCUUUCUUUGUUUCCUCAUGGAUCAACCAACUCCACAUCUCCGAGUUCCCAGAAAAUCCUGAACCCGAGUGGCCCACCAGUGGUCACAAUUACACAUCACAAAUCCCCUGCAGUAGCCCGAAAAGCCAAGGCACUGUGUCCUGGCCAUCUACAUGAAGUCAGAGAGAUGAUGAGCCAAGUGGAGGGACAGCAGAAGAGCCUUGUGCAAGCCAUCGAAUCCCUCCCAGGUUCUGGUCCUCUUUCUGCCUUGGAUCAAGACUUGCUACUUCUAAAAGCUACCUCUGCUGCCACCCUCAGCUGCCUUGGGGAAUGCCUGCAUUUGCUACAACAGGGCAUACACCAAGUGAGCCAGCACAGUAGUAACAGGUCAUUGGCUUCAGAAAACAUCCUAGGAUGGCAUGGGCCAAAGUCUCAUUCUGCAGAACCACUGAAAAAUGGUGCCCUUAGUUCUUUGACAUCUGCCAGUGCCAGUCUUACAUGGGCAAUAGUACCAACUGCAACACAGGAAGAACACGUACAACCAGCUACAGAGUGUUCAGCUCACGAAUCAAUUCUGGUUGAAGAAGAGAUGACAGAUACUGAAGAUAAUGCAGAGGAUGAUUUAGGAGUCAUGGAAGAUCAGCGCAGCAUAAUUCUUCAUCUCAUCUCUCAACUCAAACUUGGAAUGGACCUGACCAGGGUAGUCCUUCCAACAUUUAUUUUGGAGAAGAGGUCCCUGCUGGAGAUGUAUGCAAACUUCCUGGCCCAUCCAGACCUGUUUUUGUCAAUUGCAUCAGGGACCACCCCCGAGGACAGAAUCAUUAACUUUGUGGAGUAUUACUUAACAGCCUUUCACGAAGGUCGCAAGGGAGCUGUUGCCAAGAAGCCCUAUAACCCAAUCAUUGGAGAAACUUUUCAUUGUUCUUGGGAUGUGCCUAAAGACAAAGUGAAACAAUCCAAAACUCAUAGUGCCUCUGCAGCUCCUAAGGACCAAGUCAAGGGGGUUGGCCAGGAUCCAUCUGCAUGCUACAAGCUGAGGUUUGUAGCUGAACAAGUAUCCCAUCAUCCACCAGUAUCUUGCUUUUACUGCGAGUGCAAGGAGAAGAAGGUGUGUGCGAAUGUUCAUGUGUGGACCAAAAGCAAGUUCAUGGGAAUGUCUGUAGGUGUUUCUAUGGUAGGUGAAGGUGUUCUUCAUCUGCUGGAACAUGAGGAGGAAUAUGUAUUUACGCUGCCUAGUGCCUAUGCACGCUCUAUUCUUACCAUUCCUUGGGUGGAGCUUGGAGGUAAAGUCAACAUUCACUGUGCCAAGAGUGGCUACUCUGCUACUGUCACAUUCCAUACCAAGCCUUUCUAUGGGGGAAAAGUACACAGGGUUACAGCAGAGGUGAAACAUAAUCCCACCAAUACCAUCGUGUGUAAGGCACAAGGGGAGUGGAAUGGCGUACUAGAAUUUAUAUACAGCAAUGGAGAAACCAAAAUAAUUGACACUGCUAAGCUACCCAUUAUCCGCAAGAAGAUUAGACCAAUAGCAAAACAAGGUCCGUUUGAAUCGAGACAUCUCUGGCAACAUGUCACCAGAGCCCUGAAAGAAGACAACAUUAUUGUAGCGACGGAGCAUAAGCACCUCCUUGAGGAGAGGCAGCGGGCGGAGGAGAGACAACGGGAAGUUAGCAGUUCUCCAUGGAAACCAAAAUAUUUUAUCAAAGAGGGUGAUGGAUGGCUAUACUUUGAUCCCCUCUGGAAGACCCAUUGAUAAGCUCACUAGGACUCAUGAGGAUCCUGUUUCCUAGAGGCAUUAAAAAGAUGCACUAUUUACAUUUCAGGUGUGAUUAAGUCUUGGUAUAAAUUAAAAGCUGCGUACUGUGAAUAAUGCAGCUCUGAACAGCUAAAAGCGCAAGUUUACUGAGGAACCAUUUUGGGGGGAGCAUCUAUAGACUUGCACACUUACUGUGUAUUAUGUAAAAGCCUAUUUUACACUCACGUGCGCAGGCAUAUAAUAUAUAAUUAUAAUAUAAAAAGAUCUGAUCCUUUGCACUGAAGCCAACGCUUACCACGUUGCUUGCAGUCAGGUCUUGCGUUGGGAAUUAACAUUUUUUAAAUUACUAAUUGACGUUUUCUAUUUUUCACAUUGCCAAAAAUGUUUUGCACUUAAAACCACUUGACACUGAUGGCCAUUUCAUGUUCAAGCCUGUGACUUAAAUGGCUUGCUUUAUUGGACACAAGAAUGCUGACCCACCUUGGGUAUCUUGUAAGAGCAUGUUUGUCUUUGCGACUCACCCUCCAGCACUUGCUUCCUGGCAUUUUGGAAGAAGGUGGGAAUAUCUUGUCCAGUUCAUCCAUUGUAUCCUGUUCUUCCAAAGGCAUGUUUUGCAUAUGCAUAUAUUAUUCUCUUGGUCCUUGGGAAUCAGGAUCUUUGGAUGGUGCCAGAGUAUGGACAUGCCUGAGGCCCCUGAAAAUACUGUGCUUUACAGACCGUUAAUUAUUCUCUUGAGCACAAAGUAGUCCCCUCUUCUCUGUUCUUUUUGGCAGUGCUAACUGGUUAGAUACUUAUUUGUUUAUAGAGAGCAUAUGCCUAGCCUCUUAAGUUCUUCAUGGCAAAAGGGCUUUCAGAAGUGUGAAAAUCCUGCAACAUAUCUAGUGGUCUUAGCAUUAGCUUCCCCCCACCCUAAAGUGACUGCUGAUGAUUUACAGAGCAGACUUUUCUACUUUUUGGGGGGAAUAAUCAUAUAGACCCCAAUCAGGUAUUCUGAAUGCUAUCAAACAGCUGGUGGAAGUUGGAGUGCAGGGGAUUAAAUCCACUUUCUUGUCCUAAUCACUGAUCUUGUAGAGUAGUUCCAGUUGAUGGAUUGGGCAGGCGAAUAGCAUGCACAGCAGCUGUUUUGUAUGUGCCGUUUCCCCAGUCUCUAGCCAAGGAGAUGUAUGCCAAAGCGUAGUUGCAUUGUGGCAAUAGGGGAAUCUGUGUAUUCCUAACUUCAGACUUAUUCAAGAGGUUCACGUUAGUUAAGAUGGCUUGCAGAAUUUGGACAACCUUUGAACAGCAUAGACAGGACUAAUAUGUACAAGGAACUGUAUCAAGAGAGGACUACAAAGCCAUUUUACAGUAAAGGAAAAAGGUCACAUGAAUUCAUCAUGAGAAAUUAUACAAAGUUUAACAUUACUGAAUUUUGGUUGUACUUCAGUUGUGGGCUUGCAGUAUUAUUUCUGCUCACCUCUAAAUUAAUGUUUGUGUAGAACAUUCUGUGCUCAGUCCUUCAAUUAUUUUUAUGGCAUCCCCUAAAAAUUCUGUUAUGCAAACUAUCUUUACAUUGUAAUGAUUAUUUUUGUGCCUUUUGUUAAAUCCUCCCAGCUACUCACAUGCUGUAUAUAAACAGGAAAGAUCAAGUUAGACACACCUGGUGGUAGUACCUUUUUUUAAAAAAAUAUUUUCUGCUAAGGCAGCAGUUGAAAUUAUAUGUAUCUCUUAUAAAGAAAUGUGUUGCAUCAUGUUACCUUUUGAGCUAUCCUUCCAUUAUCUGCUUUUUGUUGAAAGAGCAUCAGCACCUGCCUCAAGAUGCAAUGAUCCACCUGUCUUGAGCCAUGUUUACUGUACACUUGUCUUGGCAUAUGAAAGCCAUUGUAUUUACAAAAGUUUUUCUUAAAUGUGUUAAAUCUCUUUUAAAAGAAAUAAAAUAUGUACAUCCUCAGAUGUAUAGAAAUCUUGUUUUGAAAGGAAAGCUGUAUAGACUACGCUUUUCUCUCUUCGUUUCUAAAAGCCAGUCACCUGUAUGGACAGACUCCAGUAAUACCAGCAAAACCUCAUUUAUACAUCUUGAAUUUAGAGGCCCUGGGAAAUCCAUGCCAAGUCAUUUUUAAUUCUGACAAGUGUCAUCAUUCAACUUGUUGGUACCAUGCUUUGAUCAUUCACCAAAAAACCAGUUGCACUUUUCUGGAAUUGUUUUUGUUUUUUAUGUUCACAUCUUUGACUAGAGCCCUGGACUCUUUUCCUUCUCUGAUUUGCUAGGUUUGGCUGUAGCUACUCACAAACGAGAGCUUUCGGAGGCCAAAGAAAAAAUUUUGAGAUCCACUCAUGUAUAAGUAAAGAGCAGCUUGAAUUCAGGGUCCUGAUGGAUCUGGUAUUUACCAUUCUUCUUCUGCCAUUUCUGUUGGCAGUGGCCCUCUACAAUUGCUAUUAGGUGUAGUAGAGGAGAAAAGACAGGGACAACAAAUGCCCAGUGUAUCAGAUCUAAUUUCCUAUGUGGCCACUUCACACUGCAUGGAGCUGGUUGCUUCUGCUGAAAUUAAGGUAUACCACACCAAUGCAGAACCAACUUUUGCCUUGUUAACAAACACUACUUUUUAUCAGCACCUGCUGCGAGUCUCGAAAUCUGCUUGGGUUUGUUUUCUAAGACAAACAGGCGCAAAAUAAUGCUAAUGAGGACAAAAUUCCCAGAUGAAAGCCAGGACAGCCAUUCAUGUUCUUUGCCAUUUAAAUCAUGCUCGAUGCAUUUUGCAAUCGAGACAUUAUUUGGGGAAGAAGCAACAUGCCUUAUUUGUAGGUCUUCUCAUGUUUGUCUUGCACCUGCAACCGAAUACUUCCCUUGAGCAGACACUUUGAACUGUAAUGUAAAUUUUGAUGUUCUUCCAGUUAACUUUGUGCACAGCUGUAGGACCUAUGCAAAAUUUUUCUUACAUAGAACUGUUCAAAACGUUUAAAAAAAACUGUUCAAAAAGUUUAUACUUAUUUGUUAAAAUCAAAUUAUCUGGCAGUCACUUCUGAUUAGCCUUCCUUUCAUAAUUUGUGAAUUAAAAUCACAAACUGGAGACACUCAAUAAAUUUUAUUUGAAUGUAUUGGUUGUGAUGCACUGUUGUCUGUUUUACUUAGCUGUUCCAGAUCCCUAGCAUCUGGCACAAUCCAAAAGUCAGUUUCACUUUGGUUAGUAUUCAACCUCAAUUUCUGUGUGUAAAUUGUUUAGCUUGCACUUCUCUUGUCAAGCAAAGCACAAUGAAUGGGAGCAGAUGUAAGUGAACCAUGAGUUGAGAACUGAGAACAUGUUUUUUGGAUUAUGUUGUACCCUAAUUUAUCAUUAAAUGUUACUACCUGAAAACAUCA